CCGGUCCAUAUGGGUCGACUGCGACUCUGUGGCCAAGCCUGUCGCUUUUCUCCAUUCUCUGAGGAUCUGCUGGCCGUCGCUUCCUCUCAGCUGUUUGGCAUGGCAGGCCCCGGAUCUCUGGAAAUAUUUUCCUUGGACCCGGCUAUUCAUAUCACAUCUCGAGCGCCAACAGCUGACACCGUGACUCUUCCUUUGGGUUCGCACGCUGACGUACAGGCCCGACCCGGAGAGGUAGUACAGCCAAAAAGAGUUGCAGUUUUGCACCACCAGGAGUCAGUCAACGAUGUGGCGUGGUCGGAGCGAUGCGCACAGACUUUGGUAGGUGGGGGUGGUGGUGGACGCAUUACUAUUUGGCGUUUGUCUGACCAGAAAGCCGCUUUUUCUGGGAUUCAGAAUACAGGCAAUGAAUUUGGGGGUUUCUCCGUUGGGGAGCUCAAGGGCCAUACGCGGGAUGUUACUAGCCUAAGUUGGAGUUGUGUAGAAAAACGUAUAUUGGCGUCUACCGCCAUAGAUGGCCACUUGAGAGUAUGGGAUAUGCAGAAGUGCUCGUUGCUUCGGGUUCUUCAGCAUAGCCAUGCGCCAGCAACAUGUUCUUGCGUCACUUCACCAGUUGAUGCUGGACUCAUCGCGUCAGUGGGGGCAAAUGGCCGUCUAUCCGUUCACGAUCUACGGAACCCUUCUCCGGGCACGACCCGAAAUAUGGCCGCGUGGAGUGUCGUGGCUCACCCUUGUGAAGUGCUGUCUGUGGACUGGGUAAAGCACCGCCCGUGGCAGCUCUUAACAGGCGCAGCCGACGGCACUAUAGCCCUGUGGGAUUUGCGUAAGAGCUCUAGCGUCCCGAGGGGUGAUUUUUCAGACGCUAAUGUUGCAACCGGCUGUCGUCUAUCGAGCACGCAAGCGCACCAGCUAGCCGUGAGGCGGGUGGUGUCUCACCCCUUCAACGCACAGCGAUUUGCAUCCUGUUCCUAUGACAUGCAAGUUAAGAUCUGGGACUGUGAUGAGGGCACAAGCCUUUCCAUGGUUACUAGGUCUGAAGGUCAACCAGAGUGUCCAAGUGGAGUGCCCUCCCCGUUUGUUGGGGGCAGUGGCUGGGUGCGUCUAUGUGCGUGCUACGACCAUCACCGCGAGUUCAUCUUGGGGUUGGACUGGUCGACUUUUAAGUGUGGCGUCAUUGCAUCCACUAGCUGGGACCGCAGUUUAUGCGUUUGGAACGCAGAUACAGGCCCGGCGCCACCCCAGGUCCCCAAGAGACCGCUUUUCUUGAGCAUGAAACCUGAAGGUUGCGGACAACGAGCACACUCUGCUUGCCUAGUUCUGGCCUUCUCAGUGUCUGGUUCCACAGAACUGCUUAAUAUUAACAGCUGCAUAAGCGUAGCCUCGAAACAAAGACACGAAUUAGCUAGUCUGCACUUGAUGUGCCUCGCCACUAGUUCUGAGGCAAGGGGACGUCAAUGGCUGACUGGAAUUUUCGCCCGGUAA